CGUUAGGAUCAUGCCCCUGAAGGGCACACUUGGACCUGGUCCCUUCCUCUGCUUUGCUUCUUGGCUGCCAGGGACAAAGCCUCUGAUCUCUGCUGUACCCACUACGGUGUCUACUCUUGCUGCAAGCCUGGGCCAGAGGUCUGCAACAGUGCGCUAGUAUAAACCUUUAUAACAGCAGACUCAUUUUGGAUACUUUUGACACAGGAAUGGAAAGCUAACACCGGCCACCAUGCUAGUUGUGUUAUCACAGCUAUUCCUGUUUACUGUAGCUCUCUGGUCAGGCUGGAGUCCCUGCACGCCAGCUGUCGCCGCAGUAACACCUGCUCCAGGCAGGGCUACUUAUUUCUACACAGGAGCAUACCGUAGCAGAAGUGCUGGGCGUGUGUGGUCAGCUGACUCAGCCCAGUCACUUCCACUGAGCGAGGACUUUGGACUUCAAUUUAACCAAGAACCACAUUAGCUACCAACUCAAUCAAGGCUUCGUGGUUUCUUGUCUUAAAGCAAAAGUUUCAGGAAUUCAUAUCUAAAACUCUCAGACAAUAUGGGUGAAUCUUGCAUUGCGUGGCUAAAUGAACACUAAAUAUAGACCACCAAUAAUGUGCUGGGCUUAUGGGAGAGCACUGUGAGCAGCAGAAAGACCAAGAACAAAGUACAGAGUUGGUAGAAAGUUUUGCUGUCAUUGCUCCCGAAUAGUCUUUCCCAGGCAACUGAGCAGUCAGAGCGCACAUCUUUGGACAAUGACUCAUUCCUCCCAGGAUGCCCGACCUCAUGGCAUCCACGAAGAAGGGAAACUUUAUGUUGUGGAUUCCAUAAAUGACUUAAACAAACUCAAUCUUUGCCAGACAGAAUCGCAGCAUCUAUUCCCUUUAGAGGAGAAAAUCCCAAACGCUGGUACAAACCCAGGAAAUGGAAGCCGAGGUCUGUUUUUUGUGGGGCUGCUCCUGGUGUUGACAGUCAGCCUAGCUAUGGUCUUCUUUGCCAUCUUCCUAAUAAUUCAGACAGGAAACCAGAUGGACGACGUGUCAAGAAGACUGACGGCUGAGGGAAAGGACAUAGAUGAUCUUAAGAAAAUCAACAGCAUGAUCGUCAAGCGGCUCAACCAACUGGACUCGGGACGGAACUGAAGGGUUUUUCCCCAGGGGAAGCCACGGAUACCUGGAGCGUCUCACUUGCCUGAAAGUACGUAGGCUCAGGACUGAGAAAGUGGACUUCUUCAGGCAGCAGAUCUGAUCUGUUAUACCGGCUGGUUCCAGGACGGGAAUCACUCCAACGCACUGAACCUGAUUCAGGCUAAUUUCCUGCUAACCGGUUGCUUCAGCUUUGGUGCGGUUAGGGUGGUGGGGGCUAGCAUGGAGAAGAAUCAACAGCAAGAGAACUCGGCUCUCUGCGUGCCGCUACUCACAGAAAACGAGCCUGGCUUAGAAGACUUCCAGUGUUCUACUGAGGUCUGCGAUGCCCCCCAGAACCCGUGCAGACUCCUGCACCAGCCCAAGGAAUCCACGGAACUGUCUGUGUUGGAGGCGGGCCAGGGGCUCACUCUUUGCACACGUUCUUCUAUUGGGAUGACUCACUCGGGCGACAGCUUUUGAGCGCCCGCUGUGUGCUCAUUGCUGAGAAAGCCUGGGUAGAGGUGUGUGUGGUGAAGCUGAGGACAGAGGGAAAGCCUACUGUAGUCUACCACCAUUUCCUGAGCCCCUGCUAUGUGGGAACCAGCCGACUCCAGAGACACUCCCACGCACACGCGGAUAAAGGCAAUUAUGUUGACUUGUGUCUAAUUUAUAAGCCCUGAUAGCUUUGCCAUGAAAAACAAACAAACAAAAAAACCCUUGGUUUUUUUCUCCUUCGGGAGAAACUGGCUUAGAUUUGCGGUCUUUGCUAAAGUAGAGAAGAAACAUGUGUAUUUGGAAGCUUUCUUGUUUUAGCACACAAGAAUAGGGUAUGCUGUAUAUGGCAAAACGGGGCAAAAUAAGUGAGUUUAAAGCAUGAGUUUUCAUUUAAUUGGAAUAUACUGUGAGUCAGUUGAAGAAUUAUCUUGAUUUUUUUUGUCAUUUUGGUUUAUUCAAAACAUUUGAGUAAACCUGAAAAUGAAACAGGUGCAAAAACACAUCUUGAAUAAUAAUAGAUGAUGGGAUAAACAUGAACAAUUUUACUUCUACUAGUUAUUUAUUAAUUUUGCACUAAAAUAUUUAUAUUGCAUACUUUUUCUUAAAAUUGAUCAAUAUCAUGCAGAUCAUUAAAAAAUACAAAAUUUUGAGCCCGGCAGUGGUGGUGCACACCUUUAAUCCUAGCACUUGGGAGGCAGAGGCAGGCAGAUCUCCGUGAUUUCAAGGCCAGCCUAGACAGUCAGCCUGGCCGGCUCCAGGACAGUCAGGGAUACACAGAGAAACCCUGUCUCGAAAACGCCCCAUUUAUUGUGUUUACUGGAAAAUUCUGUUAUGGCAAAAGCUUCUUGUCGUAAGGAUUUAUUUUAAACUCUGGAGCAGUUUGAGGAUGCUGCCCCUUUGGUCUGAGAUGAGGUAGAGGUGGGAGCUAGUGGCCAGCGGCUUUGCUUCUCUGAUCUUCAGCUUGAACCCCAAUCUCUGUCUCUGGGACUUUUAUUAAAUUGUGGAACUGGCAGCAAUAGGAACAUGGGAAUGGCAAUCUGACUUACCAAUUCAAAUCCUGGCGUCACUGCUGACUGUGACUUUGGGAGAAUAACUGGUAAAACUGGAUGCCUAUACAUUCAUUUCAUGGUACUAGUGUGAGACCUUAGAAGGUGACAAAAGUGAAGGCAUUGGAAGUGUUUUGAAACAGAGUGAGUACUCAGCAAAUUCCAGCUAGUGUUGCGGCUAUUAUCGUUAAAGUAAUGGAAUGCACUAUGGAAAUAAACUGAUGUGGGUAAACAUU